AACUGUCAUUUUUCAGUCCUGAAUUUGCUAUUGCAGAAAGAAAAUCAUUGAACAAUGAAGGGGUUUCUACAGUUCGUGCUUUUGGGAUCAGUAUAUGUCUUCGCCCAGACUGCGGCAGUUGACCAGCAGGAUGAAGGCGAGUACGCAGACAGGUCGGUGAUUUUGCCAGGACCAAGAUACCAAAACUGUCAGUGGCAAGUACAAAACAAUCCUUGUGCAAACAAUCCCUUAAACAAGCUCAACUUUCCCCACCCAUCGGACAACUCCAAGUUCAUCCAGUGCGGUACAUUCAGUAGACUCUUCAUUAUCCAGUGUCCAACAGGAGAGGUAUAUGACCAAGCCACCACCACGUGCGUCAAACCGACGACGAUUGUGAGUCAACCUCUUGUAAACAGCCUCAGUGGAUACGGCGUGAGCAACCCCUGCACUGCUAUCAACAUACAGUCUGGAAGGAUCUUCUUUAGUCUGCCAUCAGACCACACAAGGUUUAUCCAGUGUGAUCAGAACGGGAAUGCUAUUGUGCUAACUUGUCCCUCACAGAUGACCUGGGACCAGAACAGACAGUCGUGUAUUUUCCCUACAAAUUCGGGUGUUGUUCUCCAACCUGGAACACUAGGUACCGGAGCAAGUACGCUUACAGGGUAUCUGUCAACGAAAAACCCAUGCACUGCUCAAGCCAUCAGCGCAAACGCCCUUUUCUUCUCCCACCCUGAUCCCACAAAGUUCAUACAGUGCGAUCUCCAAGGUAACGCUUUUGCCCAGCAGUGCCCAUCGGGUCUCGUCUGGAACCAGUACCUAGAGACAUGCGCGUCCCAGUUAGCGACAUUGACCCUUGGGAAUACACAGAAUCAAUUUCUCACCAGCGGCGGAGGCAUCGCAAUUUCUGGUUGAUAUUCUAGGAGAACACCACGUGAUCACUACAGACAACACUAUCCGAUUUGAUUAUUCUGAUCUUGAAUAAAAUUAUAAAAUAUUAA